AUGAGUUUAAAUAAGGACCUUUUGAAAUCGGAGAGUCAUACCUCUCUAUUCGACAACAUAAGCAAUCUACUCCACAAUAUUGAUCAAAUAUUGAAGACAACUCACAGAAAAACAGGUUGGGCUUACCUAAUUUUGAGGUUAGGGGUAGGAGGCAGGAUCAAUAGGUCGAGCCACAGUUUUGACAGGCGACGGAUGAGUGGCACCAAUCUACGGGAUAGGCACUGGAGGUGGAAAGGUGUUGGGAAAUCGGAGGUGGACCGACGUCGAAAAGCUCCUUAUGGAGGCCAUGGGAGAUGUGGAUUUAUGCACCUUUUGCUUGGCCUUGUUGAGGAGGAUCGGGACCCGGCUGAAUUCUUGGGCUCUGACAUUACGAUUGAUGCUGCACGUGAAGCUGUGCGAAGAAUUUGGCAGAAUGACGAAGAAAAUGGGAACGAUACUGUUAGUCUUGCUCAAUCGAAGACAUCAGUGACUGAUGUGAUGUUUUCUGACAGCAUAAAGUGCAUUUUCGGGGUUACAAUCGACGAACAGUUUGUGAGCUACAAACUUACGGCCACUGGGAAGUCUAAGUCGGAGAACACAUCCUUGGGAAAUAGUCGGGAAGAAUUCUGA